AUGGCUACUACCGAACAGUCCCGUCCCGCUUCGCAGAAGCUGCCCGCCGGCCUGGCGGGCGUUUUGAAUCCCUCCGACGACAAUAGGGAUUCGGCUUAUUACUCGAGCACUGACGCAUCUAGCAAACAUACCUCUGCCGCCUCAUACCAUGCCGUCAAUGUCUUCAGCCCUACGAAUGGCGGCUUCAACUCGCAAAACGACAAGACCCCCUCGCCCACCACCACCAACCUGUUGCCGCAGCCACUGAUAUCGCCGGUGACUAGCAACAUGAGCGUUGCUUCUAUUGUGUCCCCGACCAGCCCUGCCGGCCCCGACGCACGAUACCUGGAUCGCCACCUGUCCAUUGACUCCGCCCCCAACAGCGCAACCUUGGCCAUCGAGGCGGGCGAGCCCAUGUCCAGGCGUGAGAGCGUCGACAGCCGGAUGAACCAGGACUUUGGGGGUAUGAGGCUUGGCGCAUCGCCCUACGCGAGCAACAAUCACUCCACCACCUCAAUCCAGAACACCCUGCAACAGCAACGAAAUCCCAGGACAGGAGGCAUGGAGAGCCUGGCCGUCCACCGCAUCUCGAAUGGCUACCAGCCUAGCACCGAGCGCAAUCCGAUUGAUGGAACGAUCAAGGUCGUCCGAACCGCCCCCACCAUCACGGGCCCGACCACAGGCACCAUCGCGCGCGCAGCAGAGCCCACCAAGGGCCAGGCCUGGGCCUUCCCGGAGGAGGAACUACAUCGCAUGCCCUCGGGGGCCCAAUCGCUGAUCGACUCGAGGAGGAGCAGUGUGGCGGAGUCAUUUGCCAGCAGCCAGUGGACUGCUGAGUCGAGGUUGCCACCCGGCCAGCGGAGGCUAGACGAAGGUCUGACGCCUCCUGAUUACCAGCGCAUGUCGAGCAAUUCCGGCGAGUUCCCUGCGGUCCACCACCACUCCCUGCAACAUAAACAGCUGGGGGAUCUGCAGGCCGAGGACGCUGCCGCGGCAGCCGGUGCACAGCCGUACAGCAGGACCCCGGAGCUGCGUGUCAGCCACAAGCUCGCGGAGAGGAAGCGAAGGACGGAGAUGAAAGAACUGUUUGAGCAAUUGAGAGAUCUGAUGCCGCAGGAGCGGGGCUCCAAGGCGUCCAAGUGGGAGAUCCUCUCCAAAGCCAUCACCGAGCACCAACGCCAGAGUGAUACCAUCAAGUAUCUGCAGCAGCAGAAUCAUACGUUCAUGGGUGAUGUGGACAUGAUGAGGCGCGAACUUGCUCAAGCCAGGAUGGAAAACUCGCAACUGAGGGGUGAGCUGAGCGCUGUAGCGACAGGCCAGGGCGCUGGUUCCCACAACUCGGCUCCCCCUACCGGCUCAUUUGCUCAAAAGGACGCCCAACGCCCAGAGCUGCCUCCCCUGCGGUCACUCAGCGGUGAGGUGCCAACGGCUCCUGAGUCCAUGGCAGGUGUCCAGUACGAGCAGCCCAGAUUCGCCGGCUACCGUACAACUGAGAACAGAUAUUAG